UGAUUAAGUUGGACUUGUCGAGAAACAUGCUCAACGGAAGCAUACCAAAAGGAAUCCUAAGUCUUCGCAGUUUGAGCACUAUCUUGAAUCUCUCGAAAAAUUCUUUUUCGGGGAAUUUAGCUCAAGAUAUCGGAAAGCUGGACAACCUCGUCGCCAUUGAUCUCUCGAACAAUUUAUUCUCAGGUAAUAUACCCAACUCAAUCUCGGAAUGCAAAAGCUUGGAGAAGUUAUUAAUGGCGAAUAACAAGUUCUCAGGUUCAAUUCCAUCAUCUCUUGGAGAAGUAAGAGGGCUUGAAAUUCUUGAUAUUUCUUCAAAUAUGUUAUCCGGCACCAUUCCUAUUGAGCUCGAGAGCCUCAGAGCUUUAAAACUAUUAAACUUAUCGUUCAACAACUUUGAAGGACGAAUCCCAUAUGGGUUCGCCAACACAACUCUUGUCGAUCUUCAAGGAAACCAAAAUCUCGGCCACCAAAACGGGGUUGGAGGCCGAAAGAGACUAAUCCUGAUCUUUACACUCAUUGGCGUACUAAUCCUCUUGGCCGUGUGCAUUUCCGUUUUAUGGAUGAUUUGUAUGAGGAAGAAUCAAGUGAAGGACGAAGUGUUGGUGUUUUCGGAGUCAUUUAAGGGAAAACAUAUGGCGGUUUCCUACAAUGACAUUAGAAUGGCAACGGAAAACUUUGAUCAAUUGAACUUGAUUGGUCGUGGGAGCUUUGGGUCGGUUUAUAAAGGGAGGAUUUGCAAAGAAGGACAGUGUUAUGCAAUUAAAGUCAUCGAUAUGGAUCAGACAGGGUCGAUGAAGACAUUUAUGGCGGAAUGUAAGGCAUUGAAGAACGUUAGGCAUCGAAACCUCGUCAAGCUGAUCACGGCUUGCUCGAGCACUGAUUUCAAGAAUAUGGAUUUUGUUGCUUUGGUUUAUGAGUUGAUGAGUAAUGGGAGCUUAGAGGAUUGGAUAACCGGAAAGAGGAAGCAUACAAAUGGAGACGGUCUUAGCAUCUUGGAAAGACUAACUGUGGCCAUCGAUGUUGCGAAUGCGAUAAACUAUCUUCACAAUGAAUGUGAAGAUCAGGUUGUGCAUUGCGAUUUGAAGCCAAACAAUAUUCUCUUGGACGAUGACAUGACCGCAAAGGUGGCGGAUUUCGGGUUGUCAAAGUUGUUAGGUUGUGAGGAUCCUGAGCAUUCUAUUAGAUUAAGCAACACAUUCAGCUUAAGGGGCUCCAUUGGCUACAUACCUCCAGAAUACGGGAUGGGACAGAAACCAGGGGCUGCCGGAGAUGUUUAUAGCUACGGAAUAACAUUGCUAGAGCUGUUCACGGGGAGAGGUCCGACGGAUGAGAGUUUUGUGGGAGGGUUGAGUUUGAAGAAAUGGGUGGAAAAUGCAUUGGAAAGUAAUAGAGUAAAUGAAGUGGUGGAUUGUAAUAUUGUUAUGAACAUGGACAAGCUUUUGAGUGAAAAGGGAGAGUGUUGUGUGAGUGAAUGGAGGUGCUUAAAUGAGGUCCUUGAGGUUGGGAUUCUAUGCACGGUUGAUUCUGCUGAGGCUCGUCUCAAUAUUAAGGAUGUUCUUUCCAAGCUCAGGAAUAUCUCUAACACAUUUAUCAACUCUUGAAAUAAGUAUAAAGUAUGUAAGUCAUUAUAAAUAUAAUUAUUAAUAUAUAUAAGAGAGUGAUUGUAACAUAGAAGAAAAUUAUCUAAUAUUUAAUAGAUACUAAAUUAUAUGUAGUUUGU